CAACCCUGAGGACCAACUCAAUCCCACCCAAACCACCAAAGUAGACAUACAGGUAUAAUUAUAUAUAGUCAACCCUUUCUUCAUCAUCAUCAUCAUCAUCACACUCCAAUCGCACAGAAAGACCAAACAACACACAAAAAAAAAUGUACAAACCCGCAAGCUUCACCACCCCCCGCCUCCUCUUCGAGGCCAUGACCCCGUCCGACCUGGAAGCCAUGCACGAGAUCCGCAACAAAACCGAAGUCAUGAGAUGGAGCAUGCGCAAACUCCCCGACCAGAAUCUAGAGGAAACCCGCAGCUGGCUCACCAAAUAUCUCUCCGGGGAGGACCAACCACCGCGCAUGUGCUACGUGAUCCGCGAGGUAUCGCCAGACGGAACAGCAGGCCCUGUUAUUGGCAACAUGGGUGUGCGGAUGGAGCCCGCCCCGUCGCAGCGGGAUGACCCCAACUUGAAGACGUUGAAUUCCCCGGAGGAAGGGGCUGAACACCAUAGCUCCUCUACCAAGGACCGGUGGGAGUUGGGCUACAUCUUCCACCCCUCCGUCUGGGGUAGGGGGUACGCGACAGAGGCGGUGCAGCACCUCAGUCAGCAGUUCUUCGGGGAGGUACAGGCGCAAAUGGCCGAGGCGUACGGGGCCGCGGCCGUGGAGAAUGUGGACGAGGGUCUGUGGGCGAUUACGAAUCACGAUAACGCGGCGAGUAAGCGAGUUCUGGUCAAGACGGGGUUCAGAGGGCCCGUGGAGGAAUUUAUAGAGGGGGAUGGGACACGAUGUAAUGUUUUUAGAAAAGAUGGCAUUUCACAGAACUGA